AAGCGCUUGGCCACUUUUGCCCGGACCUCCCGCGCCUCCAGGGCAAAAAUGGAGCCCUAUAAACCAGAGCCCGAGCUUCAGCGGUUUUACCACCGGUUGCUGGGCCCGCUGUCGCUCUUCCCCCGCAAGGUGACGCGCCCAGACUCUCAGAAGCACCUCCCGCCGGAGGUGCCGAUGCUUUUGCCCUUGCCCGUCUCCCGGCUGACGGUGGCGUCGCUGUGCAGCCAAGUGACCAAGCGGCUGGCCCGCAGUGGGCUGUCGGUGCGCGUGCCUACCGAGAGCCGACUCCGUUUCACUGAGGUCAUCCUGGACGAGCUGAAGUGCAGCUGGCAGGAGCCUCCCACAGAACCUAGUCUGAGCCACUUGAACAACCAGAGACUGCGGAAACGGCUCCUGGCCUACGUACUGCUCAGCAGCGAGCAGCUAUUCUUACGCUACCUGUACCUGCUGAAGACCAUGUCGACCCGCAGAGGUGUCUUCACUGAAUCAGCCACACUCACCCGUUUGACCGCCAGCCUCGCCAGGGACUGCACAAUCUUUCUCACCAGCCCUGAGGUCUACCGUUGCCUGCUCGCCGACUUCCUCACCCUGCUGAAAGUAGAACAAGCCCACAGUGGCAUGCAUAAGCUGCGCCCAGUAGGCCCUACUGGGGCUUUCAGGCUUUACCCUAUCCCAUGGCUUCAUAGCACCAGCUUCGCCCAAAUACCAAGCAGCAACCUCAACCUAAACUACCUCAUCCAACUCAGCCGCCCGCGGGAGUUUCUCAGUGAGCCUGAACUGGAUCCGGUGAAGGAAUUGAAGUCCAUCCCCCAGCCGAAGAGGAAAAAGCCUCUCCAAUGGCUGUCCUCUAUGCAGAAGAAGAGAGAGAGCAAUUUCAGUUCUGCACAGAUUGUGUCACUGCCCAAGUACUCUGUGACUCCCACCAGCAGCGCUCCCUCCACCUCGCCCCACUUGCCCCUCUACUCCCAGCUCCAGAGGAGCCAUUCCAUGCCCUCUCUGUGUAAGGGCUGGAAGCUAGCAGAUGAGUUGGGCCUUCCUCCACUCACCCCUCGCCCCUUAACCCCACUGGUCCUGGUUCCAGAAAGCAAAACAAAGCUGGCAGGGGACACAGUGGCUGAGGACCUGAAGCAGAUGAUAAAGAACAUGAAAUUGGAGAGGACUCACUACUCACCACUGGACUCAGGCCUACCCCCACUCCUGGGGGCCCUGACCCGCCGCCCAGCUGCAGCACAUCGCAUGCAGGAACUUCAGAGAAUGUUGAAGAGCCUCGAAGAAGAAGAAGCCACUGGGCAGUGGGGCCUCCAGUGCCCCAAAUCCUUUCUACUUCAACCACAGCCAGUGACUGUUACUUUGAAGCUAAGAAAUCAGGCAGUGGUACAGGCAGCUGCUGUGCAGAUCUCUGAGAGAAACUUUCUGGACUCCUUCCACGUUGACGGGGCCGGAGUCCUAUACAACCACCUGGCCGGUGAACUAGAACCCAAACUUAUCGAGGAAAUGGAUAUUGAUUGCUUUGUUGGCAAUAACAUCAGAGAGGUCUACAAGGAGUUGAUGAGCCGUGUCUCUCUUGACCACUUCUCUUUUGACCAGGGAUCCCUGGUUGAGCCUGCAGCCAAUAAAGACUGGUCAGCCUUCCUGUCCUCAGCCUUUCUACAUCAAGAAAAACAGUAUCACAUCAUCAAUCCCAAGUUAGCUGGGCUUUAUUCCCAGAGAGCAAACAUUUUACAGUCCUAUGAUAAGGCAGCCUCCCUCACAUCACUACAAGCAAGCAAAGGCUGGGAGAAGUGGUCCAACAAAAUCUCAUGGAUGAACUGGUGGAAAACCACCUUGUCUGUGGAUGACUACUUCAAGUACCUCACCAGCCAGGAGACAGAUUUCCUCCAUGUCAUCUUCCAAAUGUAUGAAGAGGAGGUUCCUGUGGAGACCAUAGCCCCUGUCAGAGAGUCCCUAAAGAUUCAGUACCCACCUCCCUUGCUGGAAGAUGAAGAGCCAGACUUUGUGCCAGGAGAGUGGGAUUGGAACACAGUGCUAGGGCACAGCCUGGGAAGUAAGAGAGUCAGCCUCCUGGGAGAACCCUACAAAAUCCUGAGCCUACAGAAGCGUCUGGAGCGCCUGUGGUCCAUGCUUGAGGUCCCCCACAAGGACCGACUGGACUUGGCCAUCAAGUACAGCUCCAACGCCCGUCUGAGGCAGCUGCCUUCAUUGGUGAGUGCCUGGGAGCAAACCCUGAAGCCCAUUCAGCUGCGGGAGAUGUUGCUGGGGAGACUAGAAUGGUUUGAGCGACAAGCCUCUGACCCCAACCGCUUCUUCCAGAAGACUGACAUGGGCCUGAGUCGCUUCCUGGAGGAGAAUCAGUUCCGCAGCCGUCUACACAGGAAGAUCAAUCUAGUGCAGGCUCCUUUGGCUUCCCUCCUGGAGGAGAUUGAAUUAAUCUUUGGGGAGCCAGUGACCUUCAAGGGGCGGCGAUACCUGGACAAGAUGAAGCAUGACAAGGUGGAGAUGCUCUACCGGCUACAGCAGAGGCAACGGGUCCGCCACCUGACCCAGGGGCAGAAGGCCUCCCACCAGCCAAGGCUGUUCAAGAAGCUCAGCAGCCAGCCUUUAAUAACUCCUGGGAAUACUCCUGUUACUCUGUGACAAGGCCAAGUGCCCUCCCAUCCCUCCCUAACCCCCAAACACCCGGCAGAUCCUCCAGACCUCUUGACUGCUUCAGAAGACAAAUUAUCUGGGAGUGCAGGAUUUGGGAACAUUGUGCUUCCAACUACCAAGGGACUGAGAUUAAUACUUUAUUUUGACUACAAAGUGCUCAUAAAAGAAUCCCCAAGCCCAGAAACCCAGUAUUCCCAUUUAUUUCAAGCCAUGCACACUGCAGCCAAAAUCUCAUACAUCCAAAAAACUGAGACCAUCUGUUGGAGUUCAUCGUAAUGGUAAAUGUCAGACAGAGGCAAACCUUCACCUUUGGAACCCCUCAGCUUAGCAUUUAUCACACUACAUUCAAGUUGGCUGAUUAGAGUCCCAAAUCAAGAGGUUCUAUGACAUGAUGCUUAAGAGCUAGUAGGGCUCUGGAGUUAAGAGAUACGGAUUUAAAUCCUGCUUUGUAACCUCAGGCAAAUUCCCUAACUGCUCGGCCCCUGGACCAUCAUAAGAUGAAGGGGUUGGGUCCAGGUUGUCACUACCACUUCUAGGAUCCUGUUGGUAGAGCUAAAAAUUUGUAUUACAUUUUUACCAGUUAACACAAGCACAUGGUACAGAGAACACAAGGGUAUAUAUUGAAAAGGAAGUCUCCUUCCUGUCUCAACCUCCCAUACCUCAGUUCUCCUCCAUGGGGAACUGUAAACAUCUACAUUACUCAGGAGAAACAGACCAUAAGCCAUAAACAUAGUACCCAAGCACACUGAAAAAUAGAAUGCUAGAAGGUGGUAAAUACUACAGACAAAAGAAAAAGGAGAAUAAGUAAGGAAACAAAGGCUGAGGGAUGUUGUUUUAAUUAGGGUGGUCAGUGCAGGCCUCACUGGGAAGGGAAGGUUUGAGCAAAGGCCUGAAGGAGAGGAGAAGUGAGCCCUGUGGACAUUGAGGGUAACUUCCUCAACACCCACUACAAAGCCCUAAGGCAGGCAGGUGCAUGGAGUGUCCCAGAAAAGCAAGGUGGCCAGUGCAGGUGGAACAGAGCAAGGGGGGGGGGGGAGAGGAGUCAGAGCCAUCAUAAGAU